CAAUUUAAGUUUAGAUGUCAGCGUGAAGUACCUAUCGCAUUUUGUGCUGCCUGUUCUUCAAAAUGCCCGAUAAAAUCAAUCCAGGAACAAUGUUAAAAUUUACUUAAUGUAUCAGUGGGUGUGUAUAUGAUUUUUAUUGAAGGAAAAUCUCAAGAGAAUUUUUUGGGAUUUCAUUCGAAAGAAGUUUUUUAACAGAGAAACUCAUUUUUUUAAUGAACUAAGCGUCAAAGGCAUUACUCACAAUCUCUUGUGCUCACAAUAAAACGCGAUAGUGGAAGUUCUUUUUCUCGAUCAUCGGCACUUGUACAGAGAGUUUGUGUCUCUUUUUUCCAUCUCACAACAAAUUCUUUUUGCCUUCCUGGAAUAAUAAGAUUUCCCAUCAAAUUUUCCCCGUGGGGACAUUCAAGAUAAAUCAAUAGGAUUGAACCAUAAAGUGAAUGAUAUUUUUGAAGGUGUAUUAUCGUGCCUGGGUGAAACUGUGAAUUAUUUUUUUUCUCCAUAAACGAUUCCAGAGAUACCAAAAGGAGCAACAACUGACAAGUAUCGAGUUUGGAUCAUCUUCUGGGCCCAGCAACAGUGGCCUCAGUGGAAAAUUUUAAAAGAGUUUUUUGGGAAUUUGACAGAUAUUUGGGAGGAGAGUACGUUGGAAAAUGAAGGGAAAGACAUUGGGAGAGGAGGGAACAGAGAAUUCACAUGAUUGCCUUGAUUUGAGUAUUCUUAGGAAACCAAUUUCUACCUCGAUAACAGGAUUUAAUGAAGCCCGAAAGGCUUACGAGAAUGGCACAGAGGAGAUACGACAGUUGCUGGCCAAUGAAUGCGACAUCGUGUACGAAUGCAAGGUGUGUCGCAAUAUUUUCCGCAGCUUGGCCAAUUUCAUCUCGCACAAACGUGUGUAUUGUCGUCAGAAAUUCAAUGCAUCCCAGCACUUCCAUUUCCCCAGCAACGGUUUCAUUGAUCAGGACAUAUCAACAAUAAUUCAGGCUGAGCAGGAGUAUACGAACUACAGUGUGAAGGAUAAACCACCGGAGAAUGUGGGCAAGGAUCUGAGUAGUAUCAUUGAUCGAUUGACAGCCAAGAGGAAUGUGGAUAGACUUAUGAAGUUAACUGAUUUCUAUGACCGUGUCAGUCACAAGUUAACCCAAGAUGAGGUUCUGCAGAAGAACCAUGUUCUGCAGCUGGACAGAACACCAGCCAGCAAUGUCGCUGUGUUCCAGACACUCAAGCAACCGGACACAGAUAGCAUGAAAAUCGAGGUGGACGAAGUUAGAAGCCUCCUGUUGGACAAUAAGGCUGUUUUAGGACCCGAUGGCAAGGCCAUCCGUAUCAAUGAAAUGCCCACAAUUCCACCAGUCCUCAGCCACGAUGAUAUGGAUGUUACUGUGCCACAGGCAACAGUCUCAUGCAAAAUCUGCCACGUGAAAUUUGCCACAGUAAAAACCCUGAAGCUCCAUCUGGAAGCAAAGCACAUCCACUCAACGUACGUCUAUCAAUGUCCUGCAUGCCCUCAGACAUUCCUCGUGCCUGCUGCCGUGAUUCGACACCUGAGCAACGAUCACAAGAAGUCACUUAAGCGCAUCCGCCUCAUGAGAGACACCAUCUACAAGCGUCGCAUCCGGAUGGAUGAGGUCCAGGUGAAGGGGCCAAGUCGCGAAUUGGUGCGCCUGCAGACGGAUCAAGAGCGUCAGGAGGCAGAUAAUAAGGCGUGGCUGGAAAAUGUGGAGAACUACGACGUUGGCCAGUCCAUGUGUACUUACUGCGGCAAGACAUUUGAGCGAAGGGCUGUGCUGACAACGCAUCUGGUGAACUGUCGGCAGAAGCGCCGAACGUCCACUGUGACUUCGGGAGCGGUCAGAAAGGUGGAGAAGCCAAAGAAAAACGUAGUGGAGACAAUGAAGGAGAUCUCACCGGGGCAGCAGGAUGAGAAUUCAAAUUCUUUCGAUAGCUGCAUAACAAGUGUAUCGGGGAAUAAGGAGAUAAUCCAGUCAAAUCUUCACAAUAAACUCAAUGUAAGUAUCGAUGCUGAGGCACAGGAUUCAGACAAUUCCACAGAGAAGCCGGAAGUUGUGAAGGAAGUUGCGAAGGAAGCUGUGAAGGAAAUUGUGAAGGAGGUUGUGCCAGUGGGGAAUAAGAGGAAGCGGAAGAGGGCAGCUAAGGUGGUGGAAGAGAAGGUAACGGAGGAGAGUCUGGCUGAUGAGGUUUAUUGGAGUAUGGAUGAAGGAGGUGAGUUGAGUGUGAAGAAAUUCGCCAAAGAGGAAGAUUGUCUGCCGCCGCCGCCUCCACCCUCGUCGACUGGGGCAUCACCCAAGGAGAAGAAGGAGGGCGGAGGUGCAGAGAAACUGCCCGAAUGUGAUAUUUGCAACAAAACUUUCGUGACAAAGAGCAACUUGAAGCGACACAAUGUCAUGUUUCACUACUUCAAGAAUCGCUUCCUUUGCAAAUUGUGUGAGUUUGGGGCUAAUAAGAAGCUGGAAUUGAUUGCGCAUCUUGGCGUGAAGCACAGUAUCAUGGGAGAUAAGCAUGUUGUGAAGGAAUUUAUAACGCUGGCCAAGGAGGAGAAUAGGGAACUCAUGAGGGAGAGAAAUGAAAUGAGCCCACAAAAUUCAAAAUCUCUCCCUGCCAGCCUCUGUCCAUCGCCACAGCCUACUGAGCCUAUUGAGGAUUCCACGUCAAAUUCCUCAUCUCUCCCGGAAGCUAGUGGAGCUGCCCCAAAGCGUCGAGGACGUCCCAAGGGCAGUAAGAAAAUCAAGAUUCCGCUCGUGUUUGAGACACCUCAGCGCAAGCCAGCCAAAGACGAGGGUAAAUCACCGAAGGAGGACAAGAAGAAGCACACCAGUGACAAUAUCCCCAAGAGACCCAUUAGGAAUCGCAUUAAACCGGUCAAUAAGGAUUUUGUCUACGAUCUGUCGCAUCUGCUGAAGAAGGAAUCGGAUAUUUUCAAGGGAAUCUUCAUGGAUCAGGCACCAGCUGCCAAGAAGAGAAACAGAAGUUCUCAGAGCAUCAGCAAUCCGAGUGUGACGGAAAUUGAGAAACCUAAGCCCGUGCAAGUGACUGUGCAGAGUCCUCCGCAGAAUUCCUCCCCAAUUGUCCAUACCGUGGUCAAGGAGGAAGCUCCUGUGGUGCCUGAUGAAAAUUACAAGAUUGAAGGGAUUAAGGGAGCUGCCUUCGUGAUGGCCAAAGCCGAAGUAGCUCUCCAUGCUGCGACAUUCUCAAAGGUUCCUCCAACCGUGGAACGUCCUGUGAUUCCAGGAGUGGCUUUCCCAGCCAGAUCUCCAGAAGAGGACCCCACCCAGAAGCCAUUUUCCUGGGCAGACAAAUCCCUAAAGAGUAUCCUGAAGAAGAAUGAAAAGGGCCACAAGAAGAGACAAAUGAGAAGGAUUUCAGCUGAUGUGGCAGUCAAAACUGUCAAGAGACAACGUCACAGGAAGCAAAGUACUCCAGUGCUCUCAGUAAGGUCACCAGAAUACCAAGUAACAGGCCGAAUGGAGGAAAAAAAGAAGGAAGAAUCAGGAACUGAGAGUAGUCCAAAGAAGAGACACACUGAGAAGGAUUUCCAGGAAUUCCUCCUGGCCAAUCUCAAAGAUUGCUCAUCAACUGAUGACUCCCUCUUUGGAUCAUCCCAGAACAUUUCGCUGAGCUUCACAAAUUCCAACGGCAAGAGGAUAACACUGCUGGAACGUCUGGCUGAGAAUAAAAAUAGAAAGCCAGAUUCUGUCCAUAGACUUUCAAAUCCCUUUGAGGAUGACAGUAGCGAUGAGUAUUGAGUGAAUUUGUAGUGUUACACAUUUACCAAUUUGAAUCUUGUUGAAAUGUAUUUAAAUAUACAACACUACUAUAAUCUA